AUGUCGCGGAAGUGGGCGGCGCUUCCCUGCUCGAAGGGGUCUUCCUCUUCGCCAAUUCGCUGCUCGUUAUCUUCCCCCUCCUGCUGCUCCUCCGACGGCGGCGCCGCCGCAGGCAGGGGUUUUCAGAUGGCGGAGGAAGGAGAGGGAACCCGAGGGCUGGCAGAGGAUGAAGAGGAGCGGUGGUCCGGGAUGCUGCCGGAGCUCCUCGGGGAGAUCAUCGGGAGGGUCGACUCGAGCGAGGAAGUGUGGCCAAUGCGCAAGAGCAUCGUAUCCUGCGCGUGCGUUUGCAGGAGGUGGAGGGAGGUGACCAUGGGGAUCGUUCAGUCGCCUCUUCGCUCUGGGAGGAUUACCUUCCCUUCAUCUCUCAAGCAGGUACCUCCUCAGUGGUACCCGCCUUCCGUCUCCUUCUCUCUUUCCUCUCCUCCUAGCUCUCUCUUUCUUUGUAGAUCCCUCGAAACCUCGGUGUCUGAUUUCUGGAUCUGGCGGUGAGUCAACAGGUCUGAAUGUUCUGUAGCCCCCGAAAGUCCCCUCGCAUUAGUCCUUUUAUAUAUAUAUAUAUAUAUAUAAUUUUAUCUUCUAGGGAAAAACUUCAGGGAAGAGUUUCCAAGCCAUCUCUUGUCGUUUCUAUUAUCUUGGAUUAACGUUACAUUCGUUCAAAUUAUUCAGCCUGGACCAAGAGAGUUUCCUCUUCAGUGCUUCAUCAAGAGGAGCAAGAAGAACUCUACCUUUUACCUGUAUCUUAGUUUAAAUCAGUGUAAGUCUCCUGGAAAAUGCUUCAGAGAGUUUCUACCGCUGUUUAUUGAAAAUAAUUCUGCUUGAACUUGGCCGGUUGGCUGCUUCCAUGUGCAAGUAUCAAUGCAGGUGCUUCAAAAUAUGCCUGAAUGCAAAUAUAAUAUAUAGUUUUUCUCUAGAUUGACGAAUGGACUGCCGAUUUAGUAGAAAAACCUAAAGAGUUUUGGCAAAUAACAUGCUUCAUAGGUAGUUUUCAUGUUUAGGGCAUUGCCUAUGGUUAAGAAAUGCUUCCCCAGGUAUAAUCGGUUUGAUAAUUAGGCAACUAUUUAUAUUUUUGUGUGAACAGCUUCUUCCCUUCGCUAAGGAAGCAUCGAAUAUGGCAAUUCAGACGGAAUUCCUGAAUCUAAUCUCAUCUUAUAACGCAUACUACGAUUUACUUUUAUUUUUAAACACCCUCUUUCCACAAUCGCUCACUCAGCAUGGUUGUGGAGAUCCUCGUGUUCUUCCUUCAGGUAUGGUUGACCACUAUGCCAAGGAAUAUUUUGGCAUUGCGUGAAGAUGUCCCCUUUUAGUUAUUGCAGUCUGAAUAUUUUGGCUUUCAGCUCUCCAUUGAGACUUAAUACCUCUACACGGUGUACAAAUUAAGGAAAAAAAGUCAAUGGAGUGGAUAUGGGUGCUUUUCUGAACGCAUUGUCUAGGGCACACGUGUCAUUUAGAGAGCAUUGUCUCCAUCCUGUGCUGAAUUUGUACCAUGCUUUUCCUUUUUUCCCCAUGCAUUUUACCAAUGAUCGCUACCCAGAUGUCCAGUUCUCAUUGGAGUCCUUUUGAGGGAUUUUAUUCUUAUUAAAUUCGUGAAAAAAGAUAUUUAUCUGCUGGUUAUUUACUACUAAGUUCACAUGUUCUGGUUUUGGGCUCUUUGCUUUGCAGCAUUUAUGGACAAGGGGAAGUUUCUCUUGGCUGCUCGAAGGAUCAGGCGUGGUGCUCAUACUGAAUAUCUUAUUUCUCUGGAUCUUGAUGACCUGUCCCAGGGCAGCAAUGCUUUUGUGGGAAAGUUGAGGUGAGUUACUCUGUCUGCGCAUUCAGCACAUGCUUUCCUUAUGAUAACUGACAGAGGAUUAGAGACACUUGGUGCAAUAUUAUUUGGUAGGUUAGUUCCUGGUUUUGAAGAUUUUUUUUUGAAUUUUACUGCUGAUAUGACUAAUGUUAAAAAUGUAAUAAUCAAUGGGUAUUGUGAGGACUAACGGAAAAUUAUUAUGGGUCAAAGUGAAAUUUAUAGUUGUAAACAAAUAUGAAUUUACUCUUAUCUAGGGAAUAUAGGAGCAGAGUCUGUGUAGUGAAGAUACCGAGAGGGAUGCUGGGGUUAUUAUCAGUAAAGAAAGGACUUGAUGUGAGUGAAUAGUUUAAUGUUAUCAACAGCAAACCUAUAGAUAUAGGGGCCAUGAUAUUCCAAAUGGAGCUACCAAACGUCCGUGUCCAAUCCAAAUCAGAGUACCGUCAUCAAAGCCCCCAAGAAAAGCCCUAUUCGGGCAAGAAAAAUAAAAUCGAAGGAAUUUAAAAUCAUACUUAUGAAUUUUGAUGCGUCAUAUGUUUAAUUGCUAUUUUUUAAUGGACUAGAAGUCAAAACAUUAUGUUACCAUCCGAACCUACCACUCAAAACAAAUGGACCUUUUUUUUCUGUCAAACCCCAGAUUUAUACGUCAAUGGAACAAUUCAUCCUGAAUUAGGAAGAUUUCGUCCAUCAUUCUGGGAUUUAUUGCAGUUUUUAAUGAUGUCUAGUUUAGAUAAGGAGUAGAUGGGGUAAUCUGCUGGCUAACAUCAAGCUGUGUCCUUUGUCAGAAAUUAAACAUCUUAAAACCUUUUCCCACCACAGAUCGGACUUUUGGGGCACAAAGUUUAGCAUCUAUGACAGCCAGCCACCAUUCAGUGGUGCCAAGGCAUCUAGCAGCAAGGCGAGCCGUCGCUUCACCAGCAAGAAAAUCAGCCCUCAUCUGCCCUCCGGGAACUUCCAGAUUGGGCAGGUCUCCUACAAAUUCAACCUCCUCAAAUCUAGGGGGCCGAGAAGGAUGCUGUGCUCCCUGCAAUGCCCGCUGAGCAGAGAGGACCCAGAAGAGGAUCAGAGAAGCUCCGAGGCCAAAGGUGGCCUGAGCGGGGCUUCUGGGUCCGCGGUGAUCCUCAGGAACAAGGCUCCCAGGUGGCACGAUCACCUGCAGUGCUGGUGCCUGAAUUUUCACGGGCGGGUAACAGUUGCUUCUGUGAAAAACUUCCAGCUGGUGGAGGGGACGACCUCCUGCCAGCCCAGACGAGGCCAGGUAGAGAAAGACACUAUCCUCCAGUUCGGGAAGGUUGGUGACGACCUCUUCACCAUGGAUUUCCGGCACCCACUUUCAGCCUUCCAGGCAUUUGCCAUCUGCCUCACCAGCUUCGGCACUAAGCUGGCCUGUGAAUGA